AUGAGAAAAAUUGAUUUAAAUUUCGGAAUUAAAGAUCCAAACAAACAGCCAAUGCGCUAUGUAAUGUGGGUUUUCCUAUUAUUUACAUUAAUGGGCUUACCUUAUUCAGUUUCUUUGUCUUAUUGCGCUCUUGAUAAAUUCUUCCCAAUAAUUGAUAUAGUUCCAGGAAUCUUAGCAGUCAUAAUAACUACAUCAUACAUCUUUACUUUAAUUGGUAUGAUUGCAUUGUAUUAUAACUUUCAACCAAAAUACAAGUCAUUUUUCUUAUCCUUAUCACUAAUAUUCAUGACAAUAGCAUUAGGAACAUGCAUCGCGUUUGCUUUCUUAUAUAGCGGAAAGAAAUACGUUGAUAAUUGCAUUUUCAAGUUCCACACCUUUUUAAUGGAUAAUCCUAAUACAAUUGAAGCCCAAUGGAUUGCUGCCAAAUUGAACUUCAAGCAAUACAGUAACGAUCAAAAAUUAGCGAUUAUUACGAAUUAUAUAAAUGCACGCUCGAAUCACGCAUGUAUAGUCAUCUUUUCCAUCUUCUUCGUAUGGGCUAUCACUGGAUAUUGUAUUAUUUAUCAAACUUACAUUUUCCCAUCAUCAACUACAUUAGUUGGCGAAAACACGCCAUCUGGAACCGAUAAAUUACAUUUUGAUAUUGUUUAA